CAGGCCAAGCCUGUUGGAAAAUACUGAGCGGGUAACCUGCCAACUAUAUCCGUAAAUAAACAAAUAAAACAAUAAACUUCUAUUGUUUUAUUGGUUAUACUGUACUUAAAACGUAAUAGUUUGCUAAUUUAUAAAAUAAUUCGAUUUUAUUCACUGUAAAGACGACAGCUGUGUAGUUUGAAAGCAGCGUUCGGUGAGGUAUUUCAGUUUAUUUUGAAAUGAUGCUCCGGAAGCCACGUUAGCUCCCUGCCGUGCUGAUUUCAAGCCCCCGGUUCGCCCAGUGACGUCUUUAUGUGACUGGCAGCUCUCCAGCGAUGAGUCCCCCGGUAUGACUCCCUGCCUCUCAGCCAUCCUCGCUCCGAGUCCCGGCAUCGCGGUCUCCCAGGGCAGGAGUCACCUCCCUCCAUCCUCGGCCUGAAGGGCCGUGACCAGCCGCCGGCAGCCGCAUCCCAGCGCGGAGCCGGGUUUCCAAGCCCACGCAUCGCGCUCUGGAUGGGGACGACCAGCUGAGCGGGCGAACCGCUGGUGGGGAAUCGUGAGCCUCCCGGUGCUCCAGCAUCGGACUCGCGCUGUUUUUCCUCUCAUCGCCUCACCGUCUACUACAAUGUCACGAGCAAGGAGACGCCGCUGAGGGACCGGCGCGAGCUUCUCCUCACAUCCUUGCUGGACGUCAUCCUCGUCAUCCGUUUCUGACGCUUUCAGCCAGCGUUCAUUCUAGGAUGGCCAGAACCGGACCUUCCGUUUGCCUCUGAACGACACCGGCAGCCGGGGGCUGGGGAGUGGGAGUUGGAGGGGGUGGGUAAUACCGGUCCGGAAACAUUUGGGACCUGUGGAUGAGAACCGGUCACCGGACCGGAUUCCGCGCGGAAAGAGCCGCUCAGGGAAGGAGGAAACAGGGGCGACUGCGGCGUGGGAGAACCGAACCGACAACCUGGGGGGGUGGGGGGAAUGGGGACUGAAGAGGAUGAGAAGAUGGGUUUACUUUUCGGACUCCUGUGGCUGUUUACCAGCGUCCUGCAGGGCGUGCACAGCCAGGGCGUGUACGCGUCCCCUACCGUGCGAAUUGUGCAUGCAGGUCAGGCCUGUAACGUGGAGGAAGAGCAAUACAGCGAGCGGGUUUACACCAUUCGAGAGGGAGAAACUCUGGAACUGCAGUGCCUCGUCACUGGACACCCCCGACCACAGAUUCGUUGGACUAAGACAGCAGGCGGAGCCUCAGACCGUCCAGGAAACUUGUCGCUGAACAGCGGAACUCUAAAAAUUGAGAACAUCAGCCGCCACCAGGGAGGGCGCUACUACUGCAAGGCUGAGAAUGGACUGGGAUUUCCGGCCAUUCGCUCCAUAAGAGUCGAUGUCUACUACUUGGAUAAACCACUGAUAACUGUGCAUCAGAGCGACGAUGAAGCAAAGGAGCAGUUCUACUUUGAGCGCACCGUCUUUCUCCGCUGUGCUGCCAACUCUAACCCUCCUGUCCACUACACCUGGACAAGAGACAGGGAGGUCCUGGCGGAGGGCUCGGACUCGGGGGUGGAGAUAUACAAGCCAUUUUUCACACAGGGUGAGACGAAGAUCUUGAAGCUGAAAAAUCUUCGUCUGCAGGAUUACGCCGACUACACCUGCAUUGCCUCUGUCAAGACUGCCUGCGGCAUUAGAGACAGAAGUACUGUCUUCAGUCUGAACAACAGGACAGGUCCUCCCUCUGUGAAAAUACUUUUGGAUGAUCCUGUGGUGGCAAACCCCGGGGAGACGAUCACUCUGGUGUGUAAAGUGAUAAGCGGGCACCCUGUGCCGGCCCUGAGAUGGUUGAGGGUGAACGGUGAGGAUCUACCAAAGAGGACUAUUGUCAAAGAUGGCACACUGACAGUCCCUGUUAUUAGUGAUGACGAUGGAGGAACCUACACCUGUGUUGCAUCCAACAACGUAGGAAACCCUGCUAAGAAAUCCAUCACCAUACUGGUCAGAGGUCUACGUAAGGGUCGGUUCUGGAUCACACCAGACCCAUACCACAAUGAAGACAAAAUUCAAAUUGGCCGCGAGGUCAAGAUAAGCUGCCAGGUGGAGGCCACGCCUUCAGACGAGCUGCAGUUCAACUGGCUGAAGAAUGGCCGGCCUCUGAAGAGCUCUGAGCGAAUGGUCAUCACCCAUACUGACCCUAACAUCUCGCCAGGGACCACCAAUCUUGACAUCAUUGACCUGAAGUUUACAGACUUUGGCACAUACACCUGUGUGGCAUCCCUGAGGAAUGGAGGAAUCCCAGAGAUCAGCAUUGAUGUAAAUAUUUCAUCCACCACAGUUCCUCCUGAGCUUACAGUCCCAAAGGGGCAAUCUCAACUGGUUGUUCUGGAAGGGGACACUGUAGACCUGCAGUGUUUGGUCUCAGGAAAACCCAAACCCAUCAUCAUGUGGUCUCGGGUGGAGGAGGGCGGGCCAGCCGCAGCAGUAGCACCUGUGAUGCCCGAUGGCUCUGCUCAGAUGGAGAGCUAUGAUGGCAUACUGAGGAUCUACAAUGUGACGAGAAAGAUGAGCGGAACGUACCGCUGCCAAACCAGCCAGUACAACGGCUUCAACAUCAAGCCCAGAGAGGCCCUGAUCCAUCUGGUGGUGCAAUUCACUCCGACUGUGGAGCCUGUUUACACGGAGGUCCGUCAGGCACUUGGCCGAGCCUUCAGCCUCACCUGCAACUUACUGCAAGCUUACCCAGCUCGCCACCUGCAGUACGAGUGGAAACUGGGCCCGCGCCUUCUUACUGUUGGACAGUUCAGUGACCAAACACAUGACACCAGCUACCAUGUCAAAGCUCUGAACCGAGAGGGCUACGGCGAGUACACCUGUGACAUCACCAACGAGGCCGGGGCAGGUCGCUGCACCUUCCUAGUUACAGGGAAAGCCUACGGUCCAGAGUUUUACUAUGACACCUACAACGCUCUGUGGCAGAACCGACCUCAGGUCUACGGCUUCAAGCUGCAGUGGACUCAGAUGGAGCCCAACGCUGUGGAUCGAAUUCUGGCCUACAGGCUCGGCAUCAGGCAGAUGGGUCAGAUCCGCUGGUGGGAGCAGGAGAUCCCUAUAGGCGGAGCCAUCCAGAAGGGCCAGCUGCUGACCUACAACCUGACCGAACUGGUCAAACCUGAUUCCUACCUGGUGCGCCUCACCCCCAUUACCCGGUAUGGGGAGGGGGAUGCCUCUGAACGCAUCAUCACAUACAGCGCUCCUGUUAACCCACAUCUCAGGGAGUUCCACUGUGGUUUUGAGGAGGAAGCGUUAUGUUCGUUCUCUCAAGACAAGUCGGAUGAGUUUGACUGGACACGUCACAGUGGAACCACAGAGGGCAUCACAUCCACACCCAACACGGGACCAAGCUCUGACCACACUGGCUCAACCCAGGGCUUCUACAUGUUCAUUGAGACAUCGAGUCCCAGGCUGGAGGGGGACAAGGCACGUCUGAUGUCCCCAAAUUUCAACAUACUAUCUAAGGGUGUCUCCUCCUCAGCCAGCAGCAAUCCCACCUACUGUUUUACCUUCUACUACCACAUGUAUGGGAGACAUAUAGGAGCUUUGAAUAUUUUCUUGCGCCAGAAAGGCCAGACACUGACUGAUACCUUAGUCUGGAGUCUUACUGGUAACCAAGGAAACAACUGGCGGCAGGCGAGGGUUAACAUCCACCCAACCACAGCCUUUCAGGUGGUGAUGGAAGGAGUCCGAGGCUCAAAUAAUGAAGGCAAUAUCGCUAUCGAUGAUGUUACCAUUGAAGAGGGCGAAUGCAAAGACUCUCCACCUAACAAUCUGAGGUCCUUUGCUUCACUGCCAUCAUGCCAUGUAUUUCUCCUCUACGUCACUCAAAGUCUAGUGUUGAUUGGCUGGCCGAGGUGACACCAUCAGCACCUCUUCCCCAUUUUAAUUAGCUCCAAGAUUCCAUGACUUUUGACUAUGGGCCAAGGGAUCUGUUCGGUUCCUUCUCACAACAGUUGGAAACAGAGCGGAACCUGCCUCCCUCUCUCAAAGGGAAAAUGAAUCCAUCUUUCACUGAUAUUUUAUCUCUAGUUUGGCAACAGUUCAAUCCAAGGUAGGCUUAGUUUAACUCCAGUACUUCACGUUGCUGUAACUACAUGUCUCUGCAAAUUGCUUUAUAAGCAACCAAUGGUAUGUAUUUAUAGAAUGAAGUGAUGAGACACACUAGGGAAGUUGCUUAGUAACAGCAACCUGCUGUAUAGCACUGGCCUCUGGUGAAGAAACAGUAGAACUGUAAAACUGAAUGCAGCAAAAGAUCCCAUGCAGAACAGGUGGGACGUCAGAAACGUGGCUGUAAAUUAAUGGGGACGAAGUAAAAGGAACAGAAACAAUCUGAAGAUGUCUGCAGGGAAUGUAGUCAGAGCAGUACCGUUUAUCAAGCAGAAGCUGUGACUGCAACUUGAAAGUUAAUCCAUCUUCUUUCUGUUCUGUGGUAUUUAUUCUAGGGUUUUCAUUGCAUAUUCUCCCAUAUCGCUUCAUUUAUUAACUCAUUAAGGCGCUUUCAUAUGCCAUGGAAAAUUAUUCACACCACAAACCACUAAAAUGUGAUAGACUAACACAAAGUAGGACCCAUUUAUGAAGUGGAAGGAAAAUGAAAUACGGUUUUUAAGUCUUUUAAUGCAUAUAAAUCUAUAAAGUGUGGUGUGCAUUUGUAUUCAGCCUCUCCAAAACUUUGCAGACCCAUCUUUCAGUGCAGCUACAGCUGCAGGUGUUUUGGGUAUGUCUCUACCAGUUUCACACAUCAAGACACCGAUAUUCUUCUUCGCAGAUUAGCCAAAAUCAGACCGGAUAGAGAGCUGACACUGAGCAUCAGAACAUCUGGGAACAUUCCUUUUCCGAUCUUGCCACAGGUUUCCUGAAUGGAUUUAGGACUGGAUUUUAACUAGGCCAUAGUAACACACACAUUUGCUUUGAUCUAAAUCCUUCCAUUGUAUCCCUGGCUGUAUGCUAGGACAGGGGUGUCCAGCUCCUCUCCUCAAAGGCUGGUGUCCUGCAGGUUUUAGAUGUAUUCUUGCUCCAUUAGGCUGACUUAAAUGGACAAAUGACUUCCUCAGCAUGUCACCUAUCACUGCAGCUGCAUGCUAAUGAACCAUCCAUUUGAUUCAGUUGUGUUGGAUCAGGGCAACAUCUAAAACAUGCAGGACACUGGCCCUUGAGGAGCGACUUUGGACACCACUGGUUUAGGGUUUAUCGUC